CGUAAUGUAACGUGACGCACGUGACACGUGUCACGCAUCCACAUUUCCUCAGGAGCCUCACCGUCUGGCAUUUUCUUUCUCAUCCACGUUUCCGUCACUUUAAGGAAGGAGAAGACGAAGAAGCUCAAAGAUUCCUCUGGAUCUACCCACCCAAAUGGACCUACCACAGCAGCUCAAAGCCGUAACUCUCACACACGUCCGCUACCGCCGCGGCGAUCAGCUCGGCCACUUCCUCGCGUGGAUCUCCCUCGUCCCGGUCUUCAUCAGCCUCGGCGGAUUCGUCUCCCACUUCCUCUUCCGCCGCGAGCUCCAGGGGAUCUUCUUCGGCGUAGGCCUCGUGAUCUCGCAGUUCAUCAACGAGUUCAUCAAGACCACAGUCGAGCAGGCCCGUCCCGAGACGUGCGCCCUGCUCGAGGCCUGCGACUCGCACGGGUGGCCGUCGAGCCACUCGCAGUUCAUGUUCUUCUUCGCGACGUACUUCAGCUUGAUGGGGUGCAAAGGGAUCGGGUUCUGGUUCGGGUUGAGGAGCAGAUGGAUUCUGAAUCUGUUGCAUUGGUGUCUUGCUGUUGUGACGAUGUAUUCUAGGGUUUACUUGGGGUAUCACACGGUGGUGCAGGUUUUCGCGGGGGCGGCGUUGGGGGUGGUUGUUGGGGGGAGUUGGUUCUGGGUGGUGAAUAGUGUGUUGUAUCGUUAUUUUGAGGUGAUUGAGGAGAGUAAGUUGGGGAGGAUGCUGUGUGUUAAGGAUACUUCUCAUAUUCCUGAUGUGUUGAAGUUUGAGUAUGAUAAUGCUAGGGCUGCUAGGAAGAACUUGGAGGGCACCGCUAAGCCUGAUUGAUUUGAUUUUUUUUCUGGUCGGGAAAGCAUUGUUUAGCCACUGUUUUAAGACUUUAUGACAUUGGUGAGAUUAGCUGCUCGUAUAAACAUGAAACUCACAAGAAGAAGAGCCUUCUUCACACUUAUUAUUUAUUGUGUCAUCUUUACUUCCAUUUUCUUUGAUCUAUAUUGAAAGAGACAUUGCUUCAUAAACAUAAAGAGAAAAAGUUAAUGACUUAUUGAUCUCU